CCAACCUUUUUCAUUUUCAAACCUUCCAAUUCCACUCUCUUCUUUCUUCUUAGUAUAUUCACUUACUCCCACUAUUUCCAUUUCUCUCUAUUCUACACAUAAAAAACAAACAUCUUCGAUAUCACUUCAUUCCUUCUUCUCCUUAUCAUAUAUCAUAUAGUUAUAUAUCAUUCUCAUCACACUCCACAUAAUUAAUAUAGGAGAAAUAUGGGAGGAGGAAAAGCAUGUGGUGUUUUUUCAAGGCUAAAAAACACAUGUACUCAAAUGGAAAAAUCCAUAAACAACUCCGUUGCAAACAGCUUCAUAGGAACCUACUUCAAGUUACAACAAAGAAAAACAUGUUUCACUAAAGAACUACGUGCCGCAACAGCCACUUUUCUAACCAUGGCUUACAUCAUAACCGUCAACGCAACCAUCCUAACUGCCUCAGGCGGAACCUGCUCCGUUGCAGACUGUUCGCCUCCAGCAACACCAAAUUGCACACUGAAGCCUAAUGCUGGCUAUGAAGCUUGUCUGGCCAAAACAAAAAAUGACUUGGUGGUUGCAACUUCUGUAACUGCUAUGGUUUCUUCUGUUGCAAUGGGAUUUUUAGCUAACCUUCCUUUAGGUCUUGCUCCAGGUAUGGGGCCUAAUGCUUAUUUAGCUUUUAACCUUGUUGGUUAUCAUGGAAGUGGCUCAAUCUCAUAUCAAACUUCAAUGGCUAUUGUUCUUGUUGAAGGCUGUGCUUUUCUUUUAGCUUCUGCUUUUGGUUUAAGAGGUAAACUUGCUAAGCUUAUACCAAAAUCUGUUAGGCUUGCUUGUGCUGCUGGUAUUGGGCUUUUUAUUGCUUUUGUGGGCCUUCAAGUUAACCAAGGUGUUGGGCUUAUUGGGCCUGAUCCGGCUAAUUUGGUUACGAUGACGGCCUGUAAAAGUAUCGACCCGGAAACUGGGGCUUGUUUGGGUGGUAAGUUGCAAAGCCCAAAGUUCUGGCUUGGAGCUUUUGGUUUUCUUAUCACAAGUUAUGGUUUAAUGAAGAAUAUUAAAGGUAGUAUGAUUUAUGGUAUUCUUUUUGUGACAUUUGUGUCUUGGUUUAGACACACUGAAGUUACUUAUUUUCCUGAUACACCACUUGGUGAUGGGAAUUUUAGUUAUUUCAAGCAAAUUGUUGAUUUUCAUAAGAUUGAAUCAACUGCAUGGGUUUUUAGCUUUGGUGAUUUUAAUAAAAGGGAAGUUUGGGAGGCAUUGGCUACUUUGUUUUAUGUCGAUGUAAUUGCUAUGACUGGUAUAAUGUAUACUAUGGCCGAGAUUGGUGAGUUUGUCGAUGAAGAAGGAAGCUUUGAAGGUGAAUAUAUGGCAUAUAUUGUUGAUGCAGCUGGUACUAUUGUAGGGUCAGCCUUAGGUGUUACAACAACUGCAACAUUUGUGGAAUCGUCAGCUGGGAUGAGAGAAGGUGGUAGGACAGGAUUAACGGCUGUGAUCAUCGGGUUGUUUUUCUUUUUGUCAUUGUUUUUCACUCCUUUGUUGUCAAGUGUUCCUCCAUGGGCUAUAGGUCCUUCACUAGUGAUGGUUGGGGUAAUGAUGAUGAAAGUUGUGAAGGAUAUUGACUGGACUAAUAUAAAGGAAGCAGUUCCUGCUUUUGCUAUAAUGAUUUUAAUGCCUCUAACUUAUUCCAUAGCAAAUGGUAUUGUUGCUGGUAUUGGUCUUUAUGUUGCUCUUAGUCUUUUUGACUAUGCUGCAAGCAUCAUAAAUUGGUUGGGGAAAAUGAGGAGAAGGAUGAUCAAGGAGCAUAAUCAAGUGUCGGCCACUGCAACAACAGGUGUUGACUCAAACUCAAUAGUGGAAAUCAUUUGAAAUGCUCUGGUUGGUUUGGUUGUCAAUUUUUGACUUUUAGGGUAUUGGUAAGAUCUUGCUUGUAGAUUUUUGCUGCUAAAUGUAUAGGCUACUAGUUAUAAGACCUAUGCAGACACAAGAUAAAUUGCAUUCACAACAGUAUUAGUAGUAGCAGUUAUGGUGGUUUUGUAUAUUUUAUUUAUGUUGUAGUGAACAUUGUUAUGCUGUGCCCCUCCAAGUUGUUACCAGUUAUAUUAUAGGCUUAUAAUGGCAGCUCA